AUGUACCCAAUCUCUGACUUGACCGCGUUUUGUCGCAGAACGACCGGGGAUGUCCCUCCCAAACUCGUUGGCGCGUCCACUACCGUGGUAGGAUCCAAGAUGUACCUCUACGGAGGUCGUUUGGUGUCCGAACGUAAGAUGGUCUCGGACAUUUACAUGUUCGACUUGGAGACAUUCAGAUGGGACCGGCUACACCAACAUCUCGAAGACGAUGUCCCCCAGGCACGUUACUUCCAUAGCGCGGACACUUGGCGCAACCACCUCAUCAUCUUCGGUGGUAUGGCCAUCAGACCACACUCAGACAAUCCAGAGGACCUUUGUGUCUUGAACGAUGUCCGAAUGUUCAAUCUGACAACAGGGCACUGGUUACCGUCAAGUUCAACCGCGUCGGAGGGUUCACCCCCAUCUUUCAUCCCGAACGCACGAUACGCCCACCUUAGCUCCGUCUCCGCUGACCGUUUGUUCGUUAUUGGUGGGCAAGAUCUGGCGAAUGUCUGGUUGGAUGACGUGUAUGUCUAUGACCUCGCUGCCAAGGCUUGGGUACUACGUCGGGAAUACUCUCGGCAUUGUGGCACUUAUCGAAGCGUGGCGGUGACCGCAGACAUGCGCGUUCGCUUGCCUCAGGAGGAGUUACGCGCCGCCCAGCCGUCCUCUUCUGGUCUCGGACCGGCUGGCAAUCGUUUCAAGGUGAACCAGGCUGCACCUACGGCUUCCGUUAUACCUACGGCUUCCAUUACACAGUCGGAAUCGCUUGUGUAUCUACCCUAUUCUGCCCCUCCGACUGAUGACUACCCUUGUGACAUAUUUUUAUUCAGCAAUUACAACUUCACAGAUGUCCAGCGUGAAUUGGAGGUGUUUUCACCUCUGUCUGACGGCGAUUUCACUGUCUCCGAUCGUUCGGGUUCCAUGAAUGGCACUUCAUUUCCUCCUGGGCUUCGCUUCCCCACUGGUGCUAUUCUCGGGACCUACUUUAUUGUCGCGGGUACUUACCUCUCCCAGACGUACCAAUCAUUCUCCAUAUGGGCCUUGGAUCUCAUCAACAUGACAUGGGCGCGAAUUGAUCCUGGUAGCGCGCUCUCCACAGGCUCAUGGUUCCGAAGCUGUCUAUGGCCUGCUGAGAACAAGUUUAUGGUAUUCGGUAACCGGCAUGGGAAUUUGGUGGAGGAUUAUAACCGCCGUCUUCUCAGCUGGGACCACGUCACGUGUAUUGACCUCGAAGCAUUCGGCAUCUAUCAGUCUCCUCCGAUGGUCCUUGAUAUUCGUGCACAAGAGUUGGGCCUAGCCACAUUGGAAGAGAGCGUGCUCGCGGAUUUCGAAAUCAUUUGUGAUGAUGGACGCAAGGUUCAGUGCUCGCGAAAGGUGCUGGAGGAACGAUGGCCAUGGUUCAGAGCACAGCUCAGAAUGUUCGUCCAAUCUGCAUCACAAGUGGCAGAGUCCAUGCCUAUGGUUCCCCAACACGUCGCGCUGCCAGAGUUAUCCAGCACCUACGGCCGGCAGGAACAACGCCUAGACCCUCGGCUUACACCCCGCUCGUUUCAUUUAUCGGAGCCAUAUCCGAUCACACUGGCAUUAGUGCAGUACUUCUACUCGAUGGCACUGAUUACGCCUCUCCAGCAUGCACCUGCAGUCCUCAGUCAGCUUCUGCUGCUCUCGAGUACGUACGAAUUGAAUCAUUUACAGUCCCUUGUCAAGCAUGCCAUGCAUCGAGCACUCAGCUAUGCGACGUCUGUCGGUAUCUACGGUGUUGCGACACUUUGCAACUGUCGUAGUCUGCAGAUUCGAGCUUUGCGCAUAGUGAUGGCAUAUAGCCAAAAACGUCCCGCAGGCGGCCGUUCUCGGACGGACAGGGACGGGUCCUCCGGAAGUCGAAAUCAUGAUAACACGAACGGCAGCGGUGCUGACCGCUCCGGGACCGGCGGCAGUGGCGGCGGCAGUUCUUCUGAGGCCCAUGCGGCUGCCAGGCCCCGUGGUAUGUCUGACGCCUCGUAUCUGCGCGGCCCGUCAGACGGUAGUGGGUCAAGCUUCAGGGAUAGCCCUACUCCGACCGCGCUGGUUCGGUCAGAUGUGUCUUCGACAUCUAUGUCACGGCCUCGUGCGAUGUCCGAGGUUGCUACCGUACAAUCCCAUUUACCAUCACAUUCCGUUGAGGUUCACGAUCUUCGUGAGAAAUCCAUGAUGACGACUGCAUAUCGAAAUGGGCAGGUGCUUGCCCAUGCAUCAUCGGACUCUUUCUCUUUGUGUCCCAGGGACUCCGAUCCCGCGCAAAAAUCCAUGGUCUCGCGCAGCAAGGCAGUCGCACGCGAGCGAUCUGAUAGUAUCACCUCUCUCUCUACUGAUCGAGAGUUAUCUGCUCUUGUGGAGUUGAUCUCGCCAACAGGCGUCGACGAUGACGAGCAAUCGGUGGCAUCGUCACGCGGUCCUCGACUGCGUGCAAGUUCAUCCUCUCUCUUGGAUGUGUACCGUAGCAGCGAAGCACGGUGUGCAGGCGGCGUCGACUCUAGAACGUCUCUUUCCUUGUCGACCAGCUCAGCAGCCGGGUCGCUGUAUGCGGACUCAGAUACUGAGUGCUUCUCAGACGCCUUUUGCGAUGCUGCUGUCUUCUCUCCGACACAGGCUACCUAUCCCGCAUUCCACCUCCCUCUGAGCCCUCGGCUACGGUCUCAUCGGGAUCACGACACACCAUCGCUCAAGACGUCCACGUCACUCAGCUCUCUGUCUACACCUAGUCUCAGCAGGACAUCUUCCUUCCACAGAUCUCCCCCAGUUAGUCCAACUUCAUUGGCGCUGGCAACUCCGGUCGACGUUGCUGCAAGUUUCUCGCACGGUGCACAUCCCUUGCAGGUGAUCGAGGAGGCUCGACUUCCCGAAGACGCGGAGGGUUCACAGGAGCUUUAUGGCGACGAGAGAGCUACAGCAUCGCUACCAUCGCUAGGCUCUGAACCGCUCCAUGUUGCAACACCUCUCGCGCGUGGUAGCAGUCACGGUCCUAUCCUACAGCGGCCGAGAUCGAGCAGCAAGAUCGUAAAUGACAGGGAGGAUGCCCAUGUGCGUUUGGCCUCACCGGACACGAUUGUCCCUAACAUGCCUUCGAGAAGCUCCUCGGUCUAUACGCCGAAGACGCCACCACUGCUUAAGUCUCCCCGUGGGGUCAAGGUGUUCGCUCGGCUCUUCGCGAAGGAGAAGCCGAUCGUCGACGAACCAAGUUACGAGCACCUCUCUAACUUUAAUGAUCUCGCUCUCAGUCUCAGCUUAGAUAAGGCUGAGGAAAGGAAGGCGAGGAACAAGGAGAUCCGUGCUGAGAAGCUGGCUCUACAAAAAUCCCUCGCUGCGCUGGCUUCGCAGAUCGACUAG